AAUUGAUUGAAGAAGAAAAUGAAAAUGGGAUCAUUAAUGGAGGAAAUUAGUGAUGAGAAGAAGAAGCUUCACAUAGCUAUGUAUCCAUGGUUUGCUAUGGGACAUCUCACAUCAUAUCUUCAUUUAUCCAACAAAUUAGCCAAAAGAGGUCACAAAAUUUCAUUCUUUAUACCAAUCAAAACGCAGUCCAAAUUGUUGUCGUUUAAUCUAUACCCAAAUCUCAUUACCUUCAUCCCUCUCCACGUGCCUCACGUGAUAGGCCUCCCUCCCGGGGUCGAAACCACCGCCGACGUCCCAUUCCCUCUCCUUAACUUCCUCAUGACCGCCAUGGAUCUCACUCGUCCCCAACUCGAAGCCUCUCUAGAAAAACUCAAACCCCAAUUCAUCUUCUUUGAUUUUGCUUAUUGGGUACCUGAAUUAGCUUGUUGUUUCGGGAUCAAGUCCCUCCAUUUUUGUACCAUUAGCCCGGCCACAUUCGGGUACCUGUGUCGUAAGGGAAGCGAAUGUGAUCGGGCUGAUGAUUUGUUGGAACCCCCAUUGGGUUUUCCUUCGUCAUCUGUUAUUAAGUUCCGAGCUCAUGAAGCUCGGGACUUGGCUAAGGUAUCAUCAUUAGAAUUUGGAAGCGGAAUUACAUUCAUGAAACGACAAAAACUCACAAUCAAAAAUAGUGAUGCGAUUGCUUACAACACUUCUAAAGAGAUGGAAGGUGUUUACUCUGAUUACGUGGCCCAAGAAUGGGGCAAAAUAGUCCUUUUGGCUGGUCCUGUGGUUCCAGUCCCACCAAAUUCAGUAUUGGAAGGCGAAAUAGCUACGUUUCUCUCGAGUUUCGAGAAGGGAAGUGUGGUGUACUGUGCGUUUGGAAGUGAGUGUGUUAUGAAAAUAGAUCAAUUUCAACAACUCCUUCUUGGUCUUGAGCUAACCGGUCGACCGUUUCUGGUAGCACUAAAAGCCCCAAUUGGGUUCGAAACAGUGGAGUCAGCAUUGCCAAAUGGAUUUACCCAAAGAGUUGGGAAUAGAGGGUUGGUUUGUGGGGGUUGGGUUCAACAACCGUUGAUACUGAGCCAUGACUCAGUUGGGUGUUUCGUGACUCAUUGUGGCUCGGGAUCUUUGAUGGAGGGUAUGGUGAAUGAGUGUCAACUUGUUUUGUUACCAAAUGUUGGAGAUCAGAUUGUGAAUGCUAGAAUUAUGAGUAAUGAUCUUAAAGUUGGUGUUGAAGUUGAGAAAGGGAAUGAAGAUGGUUUAUUUACUAAAGAAGGUGUUUUUAAGGCUGUGGAGGCUGUAAUGAAGGAAGAUAGCCAAUUGGGUAAGGAAAUUAGAGAAAAUCAUAAGAAAUGGAGAGAGUUUUUGUUAAGUGAAGGACUUGAAGAUUCUUAUAUUGAUGGAUUUAUCAAUAAACUUCAUGAUCUUCUCUUAUGAUUUAUAACAUUUUUGUUUCCUUUUAUCAUUAUUUCAAUUCAUGUCUAGUUGAAGUUAAUUUAAUUAAAUGUUUUGUUAAUAAAGUUGAUAUAUAUAUAAUUAUAUAUGCAAUUUUGGCAUAGUAUAUGAAAUGUGGAUCCAAUAUGACAUUUCAAUUUAA